CGCAGUCCUAAGCCUAAUCCAUCUCAUUCUCUCUUCUCAAUGGAACCCUCUCGCCUCUCCGCCUUCUCCCUGCAUCUCUCCCACUCGCCUCUGCCGCACCAGUCAUCUACCGUCACCCGAUCUCGAAGAAUCAUCAGAGCUUCGGCUCGUCCCGGCCGCACCUCCAGACGUCGACGCCGCUGCGUAGAUGUUGGCCUCCCUAUCCUCCUCUCUCUUACUACUCACCGCGACCGAUUGUCAUCCCUAGCCCUCCUCCCUGCGACCUCGCCCUUCUGUCGUGCCAUCGCCUCCGACAUAUUGGAGACUCUGUCGGAUUUUCAGUUUUAGCGAUUAAGCGAUCCACUAACCGAUAACCGACCGGUCGAUGGUCGAUUAACUGAGAUUGUAGCUUCAGUCGGUUGUCGAUAGAGGGGAGAUCCGGUUAACCGAUAACCGAGGAUUCAGUUAUCGGUUAUAAACGAACCGAACCACCAGCCACCCCUAGAUCAUCUUGUGUUCGAACUCCGAAUAUCACUCUCAUUGAUAAGCACAUGAUGUCUGUUAUACAAACUUUAAGUCCAUAUAAAUAGAUUUUCAUUUGAGAGGGUAAAUUAGUAAAUGUCUAAAUGAAAU